GAGAGGCGGGGCAGGGAGAGAAUCGGGCGUAUACAGAGGUUUAAAGAGGAGGAAGGNUCGGGGGUGUACAGGGGUUGGAGGAGGAGGGAAAGGAGAGGCGUGGCAAGGAGUGAAGGGGUGUACAGAGGUUGGAGGAGGAGGGAAAGAAGAGGCGGGGAAGGGAGAGAAUCGGGCGUAUACAGAGGUUGAAAGAGGAGGAAGGAGAGGCGGGUCAGGGAAUGAAUCGGGGAUGUACAGAGGUUGGAAGAGGAGGAAGUAUAGAGACGGGCAGGGAGUGAAUCGGGGGUGUACAGAGGUAGUGAAGUGGGUGUGUGCAGAGGUUGGAAAAGGAGGGAAAGGAGAGGCGGGGCAGGGAGUGAAUCAGGGGUGUAAAGAGGUUGGAAGAGGAGGGAAAGGAGAGGCGGGGCAGGGAGUGAAUCGGGGGUGUACAGAUGUUGGAGGAGGAAGGAAAGGAGAGGUGAGGCAGGGAGUGAAGGGUAGUGAAGAGGUGUGGGAGAAAGUAAGGAAAGUUCGUGUCUACUGUCCGAUUUUGACCAAGACUGUGAAUGUGUCUUCCGAACAGCGUCUGAUGAUGUACCUGAUGGCCGGCUACGAGAAGUCCAUUCGUCCGGUCUACAACUCCUCCUCGCCUGUAGAGGUCAAACUCGGACUGACCUUGACCCAGAUUCUUGACCUGGAUGAGAAAAAUCAGAUUCUGACAACGAAUGUUUGGUUGGAAGUGGAAUGGUAUGAUGAGAAGCUGAGCUGGGACCUACGUAACUAUGGAGGUCUGACCAGUAUACGUAUUCCGUGUAACCGGAUAUGGUUACCGGAUGUCGUCUUGUACAACAGUGUCGAUGAUUAUACAUCCGGGUACAUGCCAAGCCUCGCUAUGGUUCACAACGAUAGCCGGGUAUUUUGGGGUCCUGUCGUCCGGUUUAGAAGUUCCUGUAAAAUUGAUAUAACGUUUUUCCCAUUUGACGAUCAGAUGUGUAAACUCAAACUAGGAUCCUGGGCUUAUCAUGGAUUUCAGGUGAACGUUUUUAACCGCUCCACAACGAUAGAUUUGUCAAACUUCGUAGACAAUGGAGAAUGGGAACUAGUAGAAAACAGAGUUGAACGGAAUCAGGUCUACUAUAAUUGCUGCUCCGAACCUUUUCCGGAUGUGACGUUUUACAUAUAUUUGCGCAGGCGCAUCAAAUAUUACUUCAUGAACAUCAUCAUACCAUGUAUAAUUCUAUCGUUUUUGUGCCUGGCUGGGUUUCUACUUCCGCCGGAAAGUGGAGAGAAGAUAACUCUAGGCCUAUCUGUCCUGCUCACAAUUACAGUAUUUAUGUUGAUGGUGGCCGACAAAAUGCCGCAAACUUCCGAAUCUAUAUCCGUCAUCAGUAUAUAUCUGAUGGUCGUUUUGUCCAUGAGUUGUAUGUCAGUCCUGACGUCAGUGUGGAUAUUAAGCAUACACCACCAGCGCGGGAAACCAAAACGAGUCCCAACAUGGCUACGUGUAGUCGUACUGACCUUCAUCGCUAAAUGUUUAUGUGUAAAUAUACGACUUUUUGGCACAAAAGAUAGAAUAUUAGACUACCGGAACCGGAAAAGAAAUAAAAACAAAAAAAUUCGAGUCGCAAUGGAAGAUCCGGAAAUUAUUCGAAUGGAUGCGAACGUAAGAGAUCACUUUGACAUCGAGAAUAGCAUGUCAACAAUCGAAAACAAUAUUUAUAGGGAAAGUUAUCUCGAGCGCGAGGACGCCAUUAAGGAGUUGAUUGAUUUGCUACAGACGCGCCACCUGGAGGAGCUUUAUGAAGAAGAAGUAUACAAGGAAUGGAGAGACGUCGCCUUUGUUCUUGACCGGAUGUUCUUCGUUCUAUUUUUACUCAUUACAACCAUAUCAACCGUUUGUAUCCUAGAGAUGCGACCUUCUCCCGGUAAACACUAACUGAUGACGUUGAUACAAUAUUCACAUACAUUGUCAUUCUCACCAAUAUGUAAAUUGGUACAAAUGUUGAAAUGUGAAAUUGUCAUAGUAAUGACGUCAUUAGGCCAACAAGACGUACUCAAGUUUUGAUUUUGAAAUAUAUACUCAUGUAAAGUGUAAAUUGAAAUUUGUCUUCCAUGAUUGUCAAAACUACUGUUUUAUGAAAUUGUUUACAUUGUUUGAAGUAUGCGUGGUAACGGCGAUUGGGGUACGUCAUUCUGUGAUGAAAGAGGAUGUUUACAGGGUGAACGAGUCUGGACGUGUAGUCAGUGUUGAUGUGACCAUCUCGGGUAAAUUUAUAUGUACGAAUGGUAUAUUUCACUAUAUCGUGUGUGUUGUGUAUAAUUUAUUCUACUGUGCUGUGAUUGUCAAACUGCAAAAGAAUAUGUAACGGAAUUAAUUUGCCACUAAUUCAUUAUUAUAGCAUAUUUUACUUUCCAUACAGUCAUUGUGUAUUUCUUGACAGUAAAUGUACUCUUUAAGCAGUAGAUACAAGUUUCUGGAAGUCAAUGUGGAAUGAUGUAAACAGUCAAUAUAAAGCCCAAGGCAGGUUCUGGAACGCAGCUAGUUGCUUUUUUAUCUUAAAAAUAAACUGUAUGACUUGAGAAAAUAGGCAUUGAACCUUUCACCUUUUUACAGUGAAAACACGUAUGAAGUGCUAAAUUUGCCAUUUGAAUUUUCGAACAAACGAGAACUAUUUUCAACAAAGUUUUGUUAUAAACCGGUACUUCUAAAUGAGGUACAGUAUCAUAGAGGCGUAUUGCUUGUCUGCGUUAUGCAGGUAACAUGGUAUUAUAUUACCUGUCUGGAUUGCUGAGAGUCGUAAAGCUUUGUGGAUGUGCUUUCGAUCCCUUUCAAGUGUGAUUAUAUUUGAGUUGGAUUUAUUUGGGUAAGUUAACAGAGAAGUUAAGGCUAGUAUACACAAUUAGUUCUGCACUUCGUUUCGAUUCUAAAAAGCUGUCAAACUAAAUUAAGGAUAUAUGCCUUUUUUCGCUUUCAUUUUGAUGCUUUCUUGCAAAAGAUUUCCAUUCUGCGACACAAGAAAACCUAUUUUUAUUCACUAAAAGUGAUCAGGCUUUUUAUUGGUAAAACAUGCAAAAUAUCAAAAAUAUCAAACUGAAAUUGUUAAGAAACGAACAUUUUGAUUUAACAAAAAGGAGUUGUUAAUAAAGAAAUAAUUUAAUGAAGUUUAGGUGAGUGAAUGUUUUGAAUGUCUAUUCUACCCUACUUGUAGAACAGUUUUAUUAUUUAGACUAAAUCUGCAGUCGACACAAUGAAACAUUUAGAAACUUGUAGGAGUUAUCUUCCUUGAUACAGUACAGCAUACAUGCAGGACGUAGACAGAUAUGCUCAGGCACAUGGCUUCGUCUCGUUCAACCAGACGCUUGAUCACUGCGUAGCUUGCUCAGACAACAAUAGCAAGAGUCUGGUUGAACAAGACUAGCAUAGGGGUACGAUAUGAUUGAUCAUUGGUUUUGUUUACAGAAUAUCAGUUACUGGAUAUUUCUCUUUCGGAAGCCACUUCUAAAUUUCAUUUAUCGCAAAUUUCUUCCUAGUACUUUAUUUAUGAAUACAUACCUGCGUCAUUUCAGUUACGCAAUAUUCGCUGGAAAUACAUAAUCACAGUCGUCCGGAAUACCCGCACCAGAAAGUAAAAUUAUAGCGCGUAACAGCAUUAAUAUUAAAAUUUAAAAAUAUCAUAUCAACAUUAUUCGGGGUACCGGUGACUGAUGUUCUGUAAACAAAAUUAGUAUUUAGUUUUUGCGUGCCCUGUUAGUUAGGCAACGGACCAGUAUGCCUAAACCUUUUUCAAACAAUUUAUGAACAGACGAUUUCAAAAUCUGAUUGAACAUUUCAUGUCAGAGCAGAUACAUCUGUUGGAGAAAAUUGACUUCUUUAAUUUCUAAUAUCAACAUUUCACCUUUCAAUGACGAUAAAAAUGAUUGGACGCCAGGUUUAAAGCCUUUAUAAAGCAUUCAAGCUCCCUUUCUUGGUGACACAUGGACCCACAUAACAUAUAUUA